AUUUCUUAUCUCGUCGUCCCUCCGAACAUAAAAAUAUUUUCGGGAUUGGGGUACUCUUUCGAGACUUUAUUGUUUGAAAUUUGAAUGUGAAACCAUUUCGUUUAAUAAUAUUGCACGGACCAGCUGAAACAAACAUAAUUUCCUAGAAAACAGCAAAUUUCGAACCGUGUCAGUGGUGUCCUCUGUGCAUAAACAACUGUUAUUAUUUUGUUAUGGCUUUCGAUCGGUGUCGGUUCAGCUUCUGAUAUGUUUUUGACAAACAUUUUUUUUAAUGGUAAAAAGUUCCAAAAUAAACUUCGAAAAUUUUUGUAGCCAAACAGAUUCGCCAAAUUUACGGGAGAAAGACAUAUUGCACCAUGGCCCAUAUUCAGUACGUCGAUGGGCUGAUACGAGAAUAUUUAUUGUUUCGCGGACUGCCAAAUUCUCUUAAAACAUUCGACAGCGAAUUGAAGAACGACAAAGAUAAGGGAUUUCGUGCAGAUAAGAUCGUAGAGCAAAUAACCCAUUCAAUUAGCGUUCAGGAUCUUCAGAGUUUACGUGAAUUAUGGAACCAUUUGGAUGGACAUUUGUUUAGCAAAUUGGAGCAUUCGUUCGCCUCGGCGGUGAAAAAACUGGAGCACAGCGUUCUGAAACUGUAUCUGGUGACGGCAUUCUCAUCGAAUAAACCAGAGAAAAUCACAGAAUUUUUUACCAAACUUGCACAGGAAUUGCAUUCACAAACCGAAUGGAAGGAAUGGUUUUUUUUUCCAUUCUGUAAAAACCCGGAGGAGCAUCAAAUAUUUGGCGUAUGCUUUUCCAAGCAGUGGCAAGACACACUUCUCGUCUCUUUGCACAAUUUCUUAGCAACAAUUUUCCAAUGCAUGCCUCAACCAGCAUUGAUCCGAGCCGAAGCUGAAGCGUCGCUCAUCCGAAAGCUGCAAGACGAAAAUCAAAUGUUACGCAAUCGAAUACAAGCAAUGAUCCAACAGCAAUCUCAUCCAUCGGCCACCGCAUCUACCUCACAUCAAUCGCGUUUAUCUACAUUCCACAGCCAGAAGAAUUUCGAAAGACAAGCACGAACCAGUUCAAAUCCACAAACUCUCGACGAUAUCAUUCCAUUCGACAUUAAGCCACCGAAUCAUAUCAUAGAUGAUUUCUACACAAUUGCUCAAGAAACGUUGACGAUUAGCAGUACGGCCGAAUCUCAAGCGAGGGGACUGCGGUCGCUGAUCAAGAAUAUCAGUUCAGGUACGAGUCCAGUGCUGGGCAGGAAAGAGUCACUGGACAGGGGAAAGAAGCGAUCUGGCAGUGUAGGAAGUCGGUCAUGGAAUUUACACUAGAGUUCAAUUAAAGUUUAUACAAACGAA